UUUUAUGUUUUUUUUCUUUUCAGUUAUCUUAAGGAUUUUAUUUAUUGGAAUUUAUCUAACGAUCUAAUGGGUAAACGCAAAUCUAAACGAAAGCCUCCGCCAAAAGUUAAAAAUAUUGUUGCUUUGGAUACUCAGUUCAACUGUCCUUUCUGUAAUCACGAGAAGGUGUGCGAAGUUAAAAUGGAUCGUGAACGUAAUGUUGGCUUCAUCCAGUGUCGUGUUUGUAUGGAGGAUUUUCAGUCGAACAUAACCUCUCUUACUGAACCGAUUGAUGUGUACAGUGAUUGGAUCGAUGCCUGUGAAAUGGCAAAUCAGUAA